CCAGUCUGGACGGUUUCAUUCGGGCUACAGGUAAUCCCUCAUUGGGAAACAUCCUCCUCCUCCACCCUAUAGGAUCUCUUUGUGACAAAGCCAGACUUUAGGUCUCUCCCUCAUAUGCUGAUUUAUAACUCAAACAGCUGUGGGCAAGGAGCUAAUUUAGACUCAUGAGUAAGCAAAUCAGAAUUGUUGCUGAUCUGUGGCGGAAUCACUGACAAGCAAUAUAGCAGAAGGCUGUCUCACAUCUUUCCCUAAUAUCAGAUAUUACGUGGAUUCAUUUUGCACUUCUCUCUCCACCGUGAGAGUGUGUGUGUGUGUAUCUUUUUUUUCUCGAGCAGCAUUAGCUUUACUGAUUUUUUCCAGCUUUGGUCACAGUGCGACCACCUGCGAUUGAAAACCGGCAAAGGCGGUGGCUGUCCAAGCGCACAGCGCUGAGGGAAGGGGAAAAAACCGGACAACACAACAAGCUGAGACUCCGAGCAUCUGUGCAGCUACACACCGCUAAACCCAAUCACAACCAACCGCCUGGAAGGGAUGUCGACCGCCGGGGAAAUGCCAGCUUUCUUUCAGAGGAUGGGCUCCGAGAGCCCGGCCAGGCCCAGGCAGAAAUUCUGUGGCGUGUUCUGUCCAGUGGAAGGUUCCUCGGACAGCAAGACGCUGGACUUUGAUGCACUCUCGGCGUGCAGGGGCAGGAGUGACGGGCGAGUCAUUGACCGACAGACCGACAUCUCCCAGCCGAGGAAGGUAGAGAUAAGGGAGAGCACAGGGAAAGAGGCUCUGCAGAAUCUCGAUGAUAAACGGAGCGACCGUCUCCUGAUCAAAGGGGCCAAGAUUGUGAAUGAUGACCAGUCCUUCUGUGCCGACAUCUAUAUGGAGGAUGGAGUCAUCAAACAAAUCGGGGAAAACCUCAUUGUGCCCGGUGGGGUAAAAACCAUCGAUGCCCAUGGUCGGAUGCUGAUGCCCGGUGGCAUCGAUGUGCACACUCGUUUCCAGAUGCCCGAUCGGGGCAUGACCGCCGCUGAUGACUUCUACCAGGGCUCCAAGGCGGCGCUGGCCGGAGGCACCACCAUGAUCAUUGACCAUGUGCUACCUGAGCCUGGCACCAGCCUUAUGUCAGCCUUCGAGCAGUGGCGUGAAUGGGCCGACAGCAAGUCCUGCUGCGAUUACUCUCUGCAUAUCGACAUUACCGAGUGGCACAAGGGAAUCCAGGAAGAGAUGGAGACGCUCGUGAAGGAUCACGGUGUUAACUCUUUCCUGGUCUACCUGGCUUAUAAGGAUAUUUUCCAGCUUACUGAUGCUCAGGUGUAUGAGGUUUUCAGUGUGAUCCGCGAUCUGGGAGCCAUCGCCCAGGUUCACGCUGAGAAUGGUGACAUCGUAGCUGAGGAGCAGCGCAGGAUGCUGGAGCAGGGGAUCACUGGGCCUGAAGGACACGUGCUGAGCCGCCCUGAGGAGGUGGAGGCGGAGGCCGUUAACCGCUCUGUGACUGUAGCCAACCAGACCAACUGCCCGCUGUAUGUCACCAAGGUGAUGAGCAAGAGCGCUUCUGAUGUCAUCGCUCAGGCCAGGAAGAAGGGCACUGUUGUCUAUGGAGAGCCAAUCACUGCAAGUCUGGGAACAGACGGUUCACACUAUUGGAGCAAGAAUUGGGCCAAAGCGGCUGCUUACGUCACCUCUCCUCCACUGAGCCCUGACCCGACCACACCAGACUAUCUCAACUCCCUGCUCUCCUGUGGAGACCUUCAGGUGACAGGAAGUGCACAUUGUCCCUUUAACACUGCCCAGCGUGCUGUGGGCAAAGAUGACUUCAGCUUGAUUCCUGAGGGUGUGAAUGGCACUGAGGAGAGGAUGUCUAUCAUUUGGGACAAGUGUGUGGUAACGGGUAAGAUGGAUGAAAACCAGUUUGUGGCCGUGACCAGCACAAACGCUGCCAAGAUCUUCAACCUGUACCCCCGCAAGGGCCGCAUUGCUGUGGGCUCAGAUGCUGAUCUGGUGCUGUGGGACCCUGACGUCACAAAGAUCAUCUCCGCCAAGAGCCACCAGUCGACUGUGGAGUACAACAUCUUUGAAGGCACAGAGGUGCGCGGCGGGCCUCUGGUCGUGAUCAGCCAGGGCAAGAUUGUUUUGGAGGACGGGAACCUCCACGUCACAGAGGGCUCAGGACGUUACGUGGUCCGUAAACCUUUCCCUGACUACGUCUACAAGAGGAUAAAAGCUCGCAGCAGGCUGGCUGAGCUGAGAGGCGUACCCAGGGGACUGUAUGAUGGUCCAGUCUGUGAGGUGUCAGUCACUCCUAAAACCAUGACUCCAGCCUCCUCUGCCAAGACUUCACCUGCCAAACAGCCUGGCCAACCCGUCCGCAACCUGCACCAGUCUGGCUUCAGCCUAUCCGGAGCUCAGAUUGAUGACAACGUUCCUCGCCGGAAUACCCAGCGCAUCGUGGCGCCCCCAGGCGGCAGGGCAAACAUCACCAGCCUGGGUUAGAGCCCCAUCCUCAGGCGCUGAGGAGGAAAUGAGGAUUUGUGGAUGUAUGGCCAGCAGGAGCUGAAGUGGUGGGGAGUGAAGAAGCUACAGCAUUACACCAAGAUUCAAACUCUUCACAACACCUCAUCAGGCCACCUGUUAGCCUCCAGCCUUCAUGUCCUCCUUUGCUGCUUUUUUCCCCACUUCUCCCCCAAAAACCUGUUCCUAGAGGACAGAGUUAGGAAAAAACACACAAACAAAAAAGAAGGUCUGCCUCAUAUGAUGAAAAAAUUGACAAAAAAAUUGAUAACACUCCUUAUUUGAGCACUUUUGACUGCAUCAUUUCAUUUUUAUACUGUAAUUUCUCCCUCCCAUGUAUCCCUGUGAUAUUUGCUUUGCUGUUGUUUUCAUUGAGGGGUUGAGUAAGACUAACGUGAUGUUAUGCAGACGAUGAUGUUGGAGCAGGAUGUCUGUUCUUUUUCCAUGUUUUUUUUUGCAUUUUGUGAGGAGUUAGAAUGAAGCAUGGAUAUAAAAACACACUGAUUUUCUUUUAUUCUUUCUCGAAUAGGCCAAACAGUAAGUUGCUUGAAAUUGACCAAUUUUGCAUUUCAUUCAGCCAAAAAGAAUCUAAUACUUCCUUCCAGCUGUUAGAAGUCUGUGAUUUGUAUUAUAUCACAUUUCAGUCGCUUCAUUUUCCAGUCCAUUGCUGUCUCUCAUACAGUGCCACAAUUGAUAUUUAAUUGACUAUUCGCCACGAAGACGGCCUUAACAUUUGAAAAAUUGAACAUGGUAAUGCUGUACUAUGGGUACAGUCUGUUGGGAGUCAGCUGGAGAGUCCUGUGGAGCAGAAGGAGCUUUUGGCACGUAGUAAAUAGAGCUUUAUUCUUCAUCUCUGUGUGUAAGGUCAUUGUUAAGUGGGAUUGAUUUACAGGGGGAAAGAGAAAGUUGUACUUAAUGUUACUUCCGACUCGGCCUUUCCUUGCCUUACUUUCUCUUUAGCGCCGUCCUUUUAGAGAACUUUUAGGAGUGUGGGGAAGGUGCCGUUCACAACGCAGCUACAUGUUUUCCCAUUUGUUUACAUUCCCAGGAAUCACAAAGGUCCAAAUUCUUCAUUGACAGCAGUAGAAACAUCUGACAACCGUCCGUCACCAAGCAGUGCAUUUACAUACAGAAUGUCUCUCCUUCCAAAUGUGACUGUUUUAUACUCCCCCCUCCCCUCCACAAACACCUCAUUUUCUUUCUACUCUUUAUGUGCCUGAACCCACAGAAGUUGUAUUGAUAGUCAGAUUUUAGCUUCUUGUUUUGUUAUUGUUUUUGAGGUAAGUGAAGGAUGUAAGAUAAAAAGAUGUAAAAUAGCCAGGAUUAACCGA